UGCUUGGUACGGUCGCAGUCGGCUGGGUGUUACACCAUAUUCCUGUUACCUUUUUUUUCUCCCGUUGAGUACGUGUGAAAAAUUCGGUUCCCGUGAAGACGGUUGUGCAUUCGAUAAUUCGUUUAGUGUUGGAUAGAAGUUUUUCAGCCCGAAAAAAAUGACUAGGAAAUCAAGGCUCGGAGGAGACUAGGGUUGGCCCCGCUGCGGUAGUGUCCUUUCCCAGCUAUAACUCCGUUUACUGUUAGGUUUUAUUUUUACGCGUGGAGAAAAAUUAACCUUUAAAGUGGAUUUUAGAUCUUUUUCGGUCAUAACUGUGUCAAUGAAAACUUGGUAGCGACGAAAAAAAGAAUCAUUUUUCUUUUUGCUCUAGCAAAUUGUGAAUUUUCAAUUCAAUACAUAAAGGCAAAAGUGUGUACGGUGGUAGUGGCCUGUGUGUGUGUGUGUGGGCGAGUGGGAGGAUAUUUUCCUCGUGCACUUUUCGCACGCGGAUCAGUUCAGCGUGUGAGUGAGAAGGUAUUCAGUGAGCGGCUGUACGGUGAGUGUGUUGAGCUAGCUUGAACGAGAUUAUGCAAACCGACGGCAUGAGUGACGCGCACAAAAAUGUCGAUGGAAUGCCGAAGUUUGUUACGGAAUCGACUCCAUCUGAUGCUGACGACAGCAGGAAGAGUACUUCGGAAAAGCUCUUCGUACACCUGAUUAUCAGUUUUCGGGAUCUCUGCAAGUUUACGUUGUUCCUUCCGCUGGGGACAUUGUUUGUGUGCUUUGUAUCAGCCUAUAUCUUCCAACCGGACGAAGUCCACGAAACGCAUUGUCGGGUUUACAACGUAAUACCCUCCAUCAGUGCCAUCACGGGUGUCAGUCCACAACGGUACCUGUGGCGUAUCUCGAUCGCAUUGCACAUUGGACCGAGGUUCGUCAUUGCCUUUGUGUAUAAUAACUACUAUCGCAUGCUGAUCAACGAGCUGAACGAUCCGGUGCGCAAGAAGAGGGCAAGCCGCCUGCUGAAUGUAGUCUACUGUCUGAACCUAGUGGAAAUCAGCGCCCUCUGUGGAGUCACCUACAUUUCCAACAAGGAAAACUACCCCCUCCACGAGAAGGUCUUCAUCCUGUUCAUGACCUCGUCACUGUCGUACAUGCUGGCGACGCUGAAACUGCUCAAGGCCCUCCAACCGAACGGGCCCCAAACGGUUCAGGAGGAUUCCUCUCUGCGCUACAAACGGGCCUUCUUCGCACUGUCGAUUGCCUCAACCGUUGGGUUGAUUUUGUUUUUCAUGAAGCAUCGCUUCUUCUGUCAUGAUUUGGCCUUCAGUUGGUUCGCCCUGUGCGAGUACAUCGUUGCCUUUUCCAACAUGGGCUUUCACUGUACCACGAUGAUGGACUUUCCGACGGAGGAUUUUAUGAUUGCCAAAAAUGCGAACCGCUACCGGAAGCAGCAGGCUUCCAUCAGUUGGAAGCUGGAUUGAACUGCAUGCCGUUAGGUGCCAGAACAAGAAAAACCCGUUGAAGCCGGUCUGCCUGGUCGCGGCCGGUUCGUAAGUAUAGAAAAAAAAGCAAAAUAACUGGUAGUGACUAUUGAUAGUUAUGUAGGGGAUAACGAUGAGGUGACUAUGUGCGGGGUAACUUCGGCGGUUCGUGGUACUCGGAACGAUGGCAAGCGGGUAGGAGGAUACGUUCUUACGUAGUGAUAGUUCGACAUCAGAUAUUAGAUACUAACUCAAACAAAGUAUUUUUUUAAGAAAUUCUCACAAGUUUAGUCGAUAGUGGGCACUUGAAGGGUAACGAAAAGGGUUUAUGACGUCUUUUCCGGUUGUUUAUUUGUGCAUGUUAUCAUCUAGCUUAAGAUGGACUAAAAUGUUCGCAAAGUAUUUUCCUGCUCUUGAUACACUCCAAAGUUUUUAGUUUUUAAAACUACCAGAUUAUUCUCAUCUGAAUCAAGUUACAAUUAUUUCGAAGAAGAGGUUUGUUGUCCAGGAAACUUAGAGUGUCUUGAAUUUGGUAAACUCUGACCCGUAAAUCAGUCUUCACGAAGUUUCCACGUAGCAAUCUGAUUUUCAUAGAUACGAAACGUUGUCUGAGCAUAGAGUGUGUACCUUAAUUGAGCAUGUAUAGGAUAGAGGACUUCCGUAAGCCAAAACUCCAUUUUUAACUUCUGUAAAUUUUACACUUCGCAAAUACUCGAUCGAUAAGCAAAAAAAAUGAAUUUCACAACUUCUGUUGCGGACCGGACCAACGCUGAUUCAUCAACUUCACUCGGGUGACAAGAAUAAACGAAUCGAUUUCUUUCAAUGUCAGUGCCAGUGAUAAUUAUUUAUAAUCAAUUAUUUACUUGUGCUGAAGGUAUCAUAAUGGCGCAUGGAACCCCAUACAGAAUCACCCAUUUCGUUCGGAUUCUGAUAGUCUUCAAUUGCCGAAACAAAACCAUCCCUCUUCAAUGAUUUUCACCAAUUCCAAACUACGUGAACUUGGGUAUGAACCUCUGGAAUACAUUCGGCGUUAAAGUGACUCUAUUUACCUUUCGAACGACGCUAGAUGAGACCGAGCUGAAAGAAGACGUUCCGAUGAAAAACCUGACCGAAGAAAGUAAACCGCGACAUCGAUGAGGAUGCUUGCUCUGAAUGUCAUCGAGGAUGCUCGAUUCUUUCCGUGGAACAACCCACUGGUGGCUAUUGAAAAGAAAACGGGGAAAUAAUUGGUUUGCCUGGAUGCUCUUCAGUUAAACUCUGUAAUGGUGAACGAAGGAUAUGCUCGUACAUUUCGUCAGUCGAUCUCAAGUAUGUUACCGCGCUCCAGUCGACAUCCAUAACUUUGACGGCGUUCACGGUUCAAUCUCGGGGACACUUCCAAUUCAAAAUAAUUCCGUUUGGACUUUGCACUAAUAACUCAUCUAUUCGCAGAUAUGAAGCCGUCCGUACGUAUUCGAAUACCUGGAUGACAUCGUGAUCUGCUUCAAAACAUUCGACGAACACAUCAAACUGUGCUGGAGGAAGUCACAAGGCGAUUACGUAGAGCUGAACGAUAUCUUCGGAAAAAAUCAAGUUCGGUUGUCGAGAAAUCCGAUAUUUAGGGCAUAUCCUGAAGAAAAUGGCUGGAAGUCGACUAUGAGAAGAUUGAAAGUAUCGUGAAGUUUUCUGAUGAAAACCAAGAAUAAGUUUCAAUGAAGUUGAAAGACAGGGAAGGCGCUUCUCAAGCUCUAGAUAGCUCUGGUAACAGCACCGGUGCGCGCGAUGCCGGAAGACACUAAACCUUUUGUUGUUGCUUGCGAUGUUGUGACUGAAGCCCUACUGACGUAGGAAACCGACGCAGAAGAACCUCCAAUCUGCUACUGGGUACUGGAGCGAUCAUCCGCGCAAUCGAAAAGGUUCGAAGAGGUCUUCUACGACGCUGCUGAGUCCCAAGAAAAAAUCCAACAGUGCUCACGGGUCGAAUGUUGUUGCGUCUGAACGCGUUAGAUUUAGAGAUCAAUGUGAAACUUCCGUAAUACUCUCCAGUGCAGAAUUCAAGAAUUCAGGGUACAAACCGCUCGUAGAUCGAGUGAAGAAGGGAUGCCAUCGAUCCCCAGGUCUUAGAGGACGGUAAUAGGAAACACCUAUGGAAAAGAGUGGCACUAUUCGACGAACGUUGCACAAUUUACCCACAGCAGCACAUUUGGGGUUCCAUAGAACUUAGCAAAUAUUCUAGGCCCAUUCCCGCUGGCCAAAAAUGCGGAAGGAUCUUAGCGACUAUAUGAGAAAGCGCUAAACGGUUCCCCAAAUAGGAAGUCUGCAGCCAGUCAAAGUUACAUGGGAGCUGUUUCCAUAGGCUUCGCAGAUCUUCUCACCCGAUCGAAAAGAGGUGAACAUAGUACUGCUAGUGAUUGGAGAUUGGAUCACGAAGUAUAUUGUUGCAUAUCCAAUGGAAAGCGCGGACGCAGUUUCUUGAAAAAGAGGUUCAUGGAGUAUUCGCUCUCGUUCGGACAACGGGAAACCACUUCAAGUCGAUGGUAUUCAUGUCGCUGUUCACAUUGUUCGUAUGAAGACAGACGGCCGGGUCAACAAUGCAGAACGAGUCAACCGGGUAUUGAUUAUGGAAGGUACCCAAUCCUACACUCCGGAUGAUCCCAAGACAGGAAUUUCAGUUUAUCAACGAUUAAUCGCUGACAAUCAGGAGAGGACAAAGUACAAAUACGAUUUUUUUCUCAUGAGCAGUAUCAUUCAAACCAGAAGAUUUGGCGUGAUGUAGAACCUUCGAACAGUCGAAGAACGCGGACCAUGUGAACCGGAAACUAGAUUCUGAAUUCGAUCCAGCGACAGUUAAAUACGCUCUCGGUGUCAACCUGUAUACUCUAGAGCACUCGUAGCCACCUGGAAGAAAGGGAGUUAAGACGCAAAGGACAUGAGGCAUGUAAAAAAAUUUCUUAUGACAUGUCAGCAGGUUUCCGCCUGCUAGCUACGCGUAUUGUGCUCUAAAAAUACCGUUAUCUUAUCAGGAUCAAUCAUCUCAUCUGAUGGUAUGGUGAGCGAUGCACAUCAUAGCCAGCGUCAAGAGGAUUCGAUAAGCCGUGUAGGAAGGACAUUAUCAGGAGAGAGGGGAUAGACACGAGUGGCACGAUCUUCAGGAAGUUCGUCCAGCUUCUUGGCUUCGCCGACGACAUUGACGUAAUGGCACGGAACUUUGCGGCGAUGUCGGAAACGUACAUCAGACUGAAAGCCGAAGCCAGCAGGAUUAGACUUGCCAUCAACGUUUCGAAGACAAAAUACAUGAGAGGAAAAGGUUCUAUGAGACGACAAUGUGAACCUCCCAUCCCGAGUUCGGAUUGACGGUGACGAAAUCGAGAUGGUCGACGAAUUCGUGUAUUUGGGCUCACUGGUAACCGCCGACAAUGAUAUACGGCCCUAUUCUGCGCGGCGUGUGACGUGAGACGACUAAUCUCACCUCACUCUAAGUGACUUUUCUCACCCAAUUCUGAAGAGUCACUUCGGGUGACGUGAAACGCCCAUUUAACUGCAAUGGGGAAUCUCACCUCACUCGAGUCGACUCUCAGAAUAAGGUGAAAAAAAGUCACGUAAAGUGAGGUGAGUUUAGUCACCUCACGUCACACGCCGCGCAGAAUAAGGCCGAUAAGUAGAGAAAUUCAGAAACGGAUCUUGGCGGGAAAUCGUGCCUGCUUUGGACUCCGGAGGACGCUCCGGUCGAACAAAAUUCGCCACCGCACGAAGUUGAUUAUCUACAAGACGCUGAUUCGACCGGUGGUCCUCUACGUCCACGAGACCUGGACUGUACUCGUGGAGGACCCACGUGCCCUUGGAGUUUUCGAAGGAAAGGUGUUGCGUACCAUCUAUGGUGGCAUGCAGAAUGAAUCAUGAGUUGCAUCAGCUGCUGGAAGAACCAUCCAUCACGCAUACCGCAAAAGUAGGACGAUUGCGAUGGGCUGGACACGUCGUAAGAAUGUCGGACGACGACCCGGUGAAGAUGGUUCUUGAGGGCGACCUUACCAGGAACAAGAAGAGGGAGCGCACAGCGAGCACGGUGGAUCGACCACGUAGAGGACGAUAUGCGGACCCUUCGAAGACGGCGAAGCUGGCGACAAGCAGCAAUGGACCGAGUGGAGUGGAGACGGCUUCUGCAUACAGCAAGAGACGACAAUGCUCUAACCUGAACGGUAAGGUAAGUAGGAAGGACAACUCACAGUAGCAGCAAGGAGAUGUCGAGACGUGAGGGAAGAGAUAUGACUUCCAUUAGCGAGAAAAGCAAGACUUCAGCAGGCGUGUCAUCCUGUCGAGAGAAAAUCAAACACAGACUAAGAGCCUACGAUUGGCGGCCGUUUUCGGAACGACAGAAACCGAUCCUCGAGCGCGCAAAGGCGCAUUGAGCAAAUGUUGCAGAAUCACGCCACCGGUGGUUGAAUGGUAUCGUGUAUUGUCAUUAGAAUGCAAGAUACCUGCUUGCAGCGAAUCACUUGGAACCUGUCAGAGUAAGCAGAAAUGUCAGUCCAAGCUCAGAUUCUCGGCGUAGCUCUGUCAGCGGCUUAAGAUCAUACGGAUCUACUGGGAUCCAUUGAAAAUGGAAAAAGCUAUCGGUAAAUUAUCGCUAUCGUCCUUCCUUAGUAUUCAGGAUAGAAGUCUUCACACAGAGCGGAAAUAAAUUAUCAUUAUCAUAGGGGAAUAUUAUCAUCGUAAAAACAAAACCAUGUGAGUUGAAGUCCCCGAAGAUUAGACCGCUCGCAGGGAGAUCUUCAGUUAUACCUUUGGGCUACUUGAAGUUUAACGGACCACUCUAUUGCCUACACUAUUCUUUAGGACAGCGACAGUAAAUGACUCCUUAGUUAGUACGCCGUCUAUCUCGACAACAUUAGCCGGAAUGUACAUGCAAUAUUAGAGUGACAAGAAAAAAAUGAUCCCCAUCAGACCACCUCUGAAUCGAUUCCUAGUCCCCCACCAGGAAUCUGCUCAAAAUUUGAGCCUACUCAAAUAACUCUAGCAACCGGAUCAGUAUGGUCGUAGUUUGUAUGGGAUUUUUCGAUAAUUAAAUCCUACUACCUUGCGUUUUGACCGCUAGGUAACGCUCCUAGUAAAAAUAAAAAAAAGAUAAUUUUAUUUUCUCAACUUUGUCGAGGACUGAAAAUCAAUUCAACUUUCUUGGGCGAGGUUAUUAAACUCUUAAUUAAGUGAUGUUUGAAUCAGUUUUGCAUGAACCCAACAGCACAUCGUUGUGAGUGUUUAGCUAUGACAGGAGGGGUCAUGUAGCAUUUAGCCACUUAACUAAUAAUCACUAAUAGUUGGCAGCCAGGCAGAGAAGGUACUUUCGAAUUGAGCAGGGAUUUCGACAACAUUGAAGAUCCAUCCUACAAUUGAACGAAAUUAAUUCCGUUUCGGUCUUGUUCUCCUGCUGUGGUCGAGCUCGGCGGUGAUUUUUCAGAGUUGGAAGACUGGCAAAGUCCUUGUCUUCAAUUUUAAAAUCAGGGGCUACUACUUUGGUAGUCGGUGACUUCUUUGAAGUAGGUGGUUUAGAUUGUACAGCGAUGACCCGUUUUUAUCAGCCCCCUUGACUAAUUUUGGGUUGACAAAAUGAGAACAAUAACAAAACAUAUUUGUUUAUCUCUUUUCAAUAAACCGAAGUUGUAAUAAUGUUCUUACUCAAUCCCAAGACAUAACCUUAUAACCCUGCCUGGUUGACAAAAUUAGGUAAAAAACCGAUAAAAUCGGGGGCUGAUAAAAACAAAUCUUCUAUGUACCAUCUUUUUUUACAUGGUAGUUUUGGUGAGAAGGCCGGCUUAGUAAUGCCUGCCAAGCUGAAUUUGGUUGUUCUAUUGGAUAGUUUUUACUAUUUCAAGAUCAAGUUGGAUUCAAUCAUAGCCUAGUAACCGCCGUCUUUCCGUUAGAUAGGCGAUCGUGUUUCCGAAAAGUUCUUCACUCCGUCCGGAAUUCCGCAAGGCAGCCACCUCGGCCCAUUGAUCUUUCUAAUGUACUUCAACGACGUCAAUUUUGCCCUGAAAGGUCUACGGCUAUCGUUCGCUGAUGAUCUAAAGAUCUCUGCCGGAAUCCAGAGUAUGCAGGACACUGUAUUUCGUAAUAAGAAUAGCUAAGCAUUUCACGGACAUUUACUGUUUGAAGUCUCUCACUAGUUCGCUCAACACUUGAGUGUUGCUUUGUAGUAUGAACACCGCAAUAGCUCAAUCGUGUCCACCGAAUUGAGUCAGCUCAACAUAGAUUUAUUUGUUUUGCGUGAGACUGAAGCCAAAGCAAAGAAACUCCUGAUGAAGCUGAAGGUUAUCGGCCAAGCCCAUACAGCCGGCGCUUUUAAAAGUGUAGGGAUGGGAGAAAAUACACAGGUCAUUGCAAUUCCAAUCUCCCAAACCGAAGCAACUUGGCAUUUCAUUUACCAGCGUUAGUGUCAGGUCUUUUGAUCGAACGCGAUUUGGUCGAAUGCCGUUUUACCGCAAGGUCGAUUGGUCGAAUGGGUUAUUUGGCCAAAUAUUUGACCGAGCGUUAUUUGCUAUUCUGAAUUAUGAUAUACGUAUACGCCUAGAAAAUAAGCGGUUCAACUUUUAUUUGAAGAGUGUGAAUACUGCAGAUUAUUUAAGAAGUAAUAACACAAAUGAUGUGAAAAAUCAGGAAUAGGGACGUUGCGAUAUUUUCGAUACUAGUACGGAAUCGAUACUUCUGUUUCCGAUGCUCGAUUUUUUGGUAUCGAUACUUCAAUCACGAUACUUUACUGAUAUCGAUACAAUCUUCACGAUAUCGAAAAGAAUCGAAUGAACCAGUAGUUGGAAGUAUUCGAUUCGGAAUUAUGAACGAUUUUGGAAUUAUUUCCGAGUGGAAUGUGAUAACCUAUUCAGGCUAAACCAUUGCGGAAUCGGUUGUUACAUUUGAGUUGCUACAAUAACUGGAGCACCAAUCGCAUUUGAUGAAAACAUCGAUUCCGAACAUUGCCCAUUAUUUGACAGUCCAUGAGACUUUCUGAUCAGCCAAAUUAUUUAUUGUUUAUCUUUUCUGACAUUCGACGUCUGACAUAAUCGUCGACUUUAUCCAACAUCAAACGAAUCAGAUCAAUAAAAUAUAUUUGUCGAAUGGGUUUUUCUGUUCCCAGGAGCAGAGCAAAACGUUAACUGACAAAACCCACUACUGAAUUUCCAAACAACGGUUUGCAGAUAACCUAAUUCAGGGAAUUAAGCUACUGUAAAAGCACAGACUAACAGACAUAACAGUCGAAAACAAUGCUUCGCCCGCUUUAACGGUCAUUUUAAAUAUAUUUGUAGUUGGGACUGUGCCCACAUUUGAAAUUACGGCGCCACUGACCUAUGAACAAGCAGAUGGGGGAUAGACCACUAGUGAAAAAUUGUUCCCAAACCUAAGGGGUAACCCAUCAGCAAAUGAGUGUUUGGGACUGUGCAUAAAAGGUGGAGCUAGUGUUCUGGGAAAAUUGUCGGAUCGAUGUUUUUAUGGGAAUUCACUCAUAGUGUUAUGUCUGUUAGUCUGUGGUAAAAGUGCGGAAUCGAAUGGCGAUACUUUCAAGUAUCGAUACUACGACUACGAUUAUAUCGAAAGUAUCAGUACUUGCAUUCGAUACCAGUAUCGAUUCUAAGUAUCGAUGUAUUUUAUUAUCGAAACGUCCCUACAGGAAACCACGGAAACAAAUGUUGAAAAUCUUUUUUAGCGGCUGCGUCUGGCUUUGUACUUCUGAAUGACUUCUUCGGUGUCCUCGUCGUCGCCAGAGUGUGGAAUUGAAGCUGUGCAUUCUUGUUCACGUGGUUGCUUAAUUGUUCGAUGAUCACGUUUGCGCUUCGGAGCAUUUUUUUGGAUUCCAUUUCCUUCUCUUUUUAGAUCAUGUUUUUUCCGAUUACCUUCUUCAACAACACCUCAAAAUUAUUACAUUGUUAACUCACGCGAAAUAUCUGACGCACUUCUCUUCCUUUUAGCGCCAAGAGCAGGUACAAAAUCAUUGCCCCCUUCCGAGCUGCAAACAUCAUCGUUAGAUAAAUCCGAGUAUGUGUGUUACAAAGGUAUGGCCUUUGGCACUCGAAAUAAGUGCUAAGAGGUGAUCGUUUUUGCGUCCCCAGAGCCUGAUGAAGAGUUUAGCUGUUUUUCCUGAAGUAUCUUAACCAUCAAAAGGGUUUGAAUUUUAAAAAUGCCCACACCGUUCUUUAGUUUAGUGACUUUUCGGUUAGUACACCGUCUAUCUCGACAACGUUAGCCGGAAUGUAAACGCGAUAUUCUAUGUCAAAGUGUGGAUCAUUUACGCCCGCGUUAGCCUAUUUUCCAUCCAAGAGAACGACACGAAGUUUAUUGGCAUUGACGGCAAUAGUUUCGGGUACGCUAGCGAAAUUGGAGAUCAGACCUUCACUAAUUUGCGACCAUCUCAGAAGUUUUCCUUCAGCCCAGAAAUAGACCACUAACCGAUCUCCUUGACAAUUUUUACCCUGCGAAGUUAUAACUAAUCUUCUAACUUCAGAAUACAAUUUCACGGUUAAAUGGUGCAACUAAUUCCGGCCUUCCUGAUCCUAUUUCAGUGUACCCAAUUUCUACGGUACUUAUUUAGAGCAUGGUACAUAAUUUUCCAAAAGAAGCCGUUGAACCCUUCUCGUUACCCACCUUCACCAACGAAAGUAUUGUCAAGUUGGCUGGCAGCAGUGGGAUUUGUCAAUAAUCGCAAACUAGCUCACUGACACAAGUAGCCCGCAAGGGUAUAUCAGAUAGGUUCGCUUCCUAACUGUCCUCUAUCUGUAGACAUUCCUUGCGACUACAUAUUUAGUAUUAUUUUCUAGGUUAGAUAAUUGUCAAGACUUGUAUAGAUGCCUUCCUGUUGUAGAUUAGAGACUGUCUGUCUGUCUGUCUGUGAGCUGUCGAUAGUUACAGUUUCUUCCGUUCGGCGAGGAUCCGAUCCUAUCCGAUAUAAAACGAACAACUAAUCUCUCUGCUGCUGCCAGGUUUAUUACGAAUGAGAGAAAGAACCUUAUUUGAUCCCGAAACAAUAGCAACCCCUAGAGAAAGUAUGUAUGUACUUUAUAUUCGAUGCAAACAGAUAACGAAGUAAGAUACACACAAGUUUUAAGAUAUUAUCUAGUAUUAAUUGCAAGUGUAUAGUCAAAGAUGAGUACAGAAAUAUCGCGAUUCUAGUCCAGAUUGUAUUUGAUAGAGGUGACAAGAUCAUAACAGAAAAAAAACCAUUAGACAAACAAAACGGUACCUUAAUAGGUGUUAAAUAUCGUUAGAACUAUAAUUUUCUCGCUAGACUAAAUAAACAACAGCUUUUACGUUCGGUUUUAUGCGAAUCAGGGAAAACGGUUGCCAGAUAAACUGUUUGUCGUACCGCGUUUUGAAUCCUGUCUAACUUCAAUCUGAUAACUACGACGAUGCAGAUGCAGUUGCUAACGUCAACAACAAGUUCAUAGUAAAAAUUGUUAUAAAAAAAACCAAAUAUUAGCAUACUAUAGUCAAUUUGCAUGUGUGAUAUUUUUUAUUGUAAUUGUUAUGUAUUUUCCGCCAUUUGUUAUCAUUUUUACGACAAAUUUAUUCGUUUGGGCCUUUCAAGUCGGAAAAGUAAUCGCUUCCUUCUCGAACUCAUUGGGGGCUAUUUUUCCGCUUCCAAUUCCGGUUCCAACACAUUCGCUUCGCUGUUGGUGGACAAUUGACCUAUCUAUAGCUGAUAAAUAAAUACCGAGAAAGAGAAGUGGAUUAGCAAGUUUAGUAACUACAUAUCAUCAAAGAGCAUACGAAAAACAAAACAAAAAAAUGCUGAGCAGAAAAAAAAUUAUUUUAUCGUACAUUUUAAAAGCAUUGCUGUUCUGUUUCUUGGCUUCGCUUGAGUAAACGCACAAUACUUAUCAAAAAUUAAAAAAUCGUCCUAUUUGUUUCUAAUCACUCCAAUAUAAAUACAAAUCUACACCCACCGUACCUUUCCGCUUUUUGUUUAUGUUAUCUAAUUGAACUUUAAAGAGCAUAUAUUUUCUGUUAGUUUGGGAAAGCCUACGGCGAAAGGCGUCGAUUGAAAAAAAAUCACAAAAAUCAUUGCGUAGACAAAAUUGCACAUGCCGCCAUAAAAUUUGCAACCGAAGCCAACAAUAGGAUAGCCGGAAGAAAAAAAAAAAUAAAAAAAAACUCUUUCAUUUGAAUGUCGAAUGUCACGACAGAGACUAUAUUAAAUAGAGAGAAAUAAAGCAGCAGCGCAUUGCAAAGGUAGGCUUAACAAAAUUCUGGUUUUACAAACCGGAACACUCGAAAACAUUAUUGAAGGCACACGUCAAAAUAAAAAAACAAUAGUCGAUCCAGUAAGAGAAGAAAAAAAGUGAUGCGUGAUUAAAUUUAUAGUUUGAAGAUAUACGAAACAGUA